UAACUACUAUACCUUUCAUCGACCGAUAUCCAAUCUCUCCUCAGAACCAUCAUGUCUCUAUUACGUUCUCGCAUCGUCCUGCUCCGAUCGAGCACGCCUCAUCUCUGCACUCGUGCAGCAACGACAACCUUCUCCCUACGCCUCAAUAGCCAUGCCUACUCAACAGAUACUUACCCCACGGACAACCCGAACCCGUCCAACGUGCCUGGCCCAGCGCAAAAGGGUGCGUCAGCACGUGGGACAGACAAUGUGCCUACCUCUUCGGCAGGAGGCCAGGACCAGGCAUUGCAGGAGUCGGCCGAGUCUGCGGAAUCGCAGCGGCAAAUGCAAGCGCCGAAUCGAGCGACGAUUUGGUCGCGCAGUCAGCAGCCUCGAGACAAGGCCAUGGUUGGGCCGAGAUUCGAACAGACUGUUAUGGAGUAUCAACCGCAACCGUACUCUGCAAUCGAAUUGAUCCAUAAGCAACCUGUGCGGUGGACGCACGAGUCCGUUGUGGCAUGCGAUGGCGGCGGAGGACCGCUCGGCCACCCCAAGAUUUUUAUCAAUGUGGAUAAACCCCAGAUUUGCUGGUGCACUUAUUGCGGUCUGCCAUUUGCCCACGAGCAUCAUCGCAAACUGCUCGAGUCGCAGCCGUCAACGUCAUACCCGCUUGGACCAAAGGGCGAUACGGCAGAAGUGCAGGAGUCGCAGCAGAUUACGGAUGAGCCUCUGGCUCAGCGUUGAUAUUGUGCAUACCAGGUGCAGCAUGUAUCUCAUGAUGUAGCCAAUUGCAUGAGAAGUCGGAGCAUAUGCUUUUUAUUUUAUGCGUGAUCGUUACUAGACCAGUCUGUCGCAAUCAUUACGAGCUUUGUUGAUAAUGAGAUAUUACGAUAAUUGCAGAUUCAUGAUUAAUGUUUCGUUUCAUUAUACUAUCUCUGCAUCUCAGUCUAGUUGCUGUUUCUGAGAUAUGUCUCAUUGAUAAAGGGGCUCAACACUCCCACCCAUGAUAUCUGUCUCUGAACAUUUCAU